AUGUCUGACUAUACAGGAGAGAGAGAGAGAGAGAAGGACUCGGAGAACAGCAAACCAAUUUUCUACUGCCGCAAGUUUAUGUCUGGAGCCCGCAACAGCAACUGGGCCAGCAUGGGAGUGUGUGUUACAUUCCUGGGAAGGUUCUACCAGAGUCUAAAGGACAAUGAUGUUGAGUUCACGCCAGCCAGUAUUGAAAAGGAGCUCUUGAAAUCCUGCAAAGAAGCAAAAGGCAAAGAGAACCGCCUGUGCUAUUAUGUUGGGGCCACAAGUGAUGCAGCCACCAAAAUCAUUAAUGAGGUAUCAAAGCCCAUGAGUCAUCACAUCCCCGUGGAAAAGAUCUGUGAGAAACUAAAGAAGAAAGACAGCCAGAUCUGUGAACUAAAAUACGACAAGCAGAUCGACCUGAGCACCGCCGACCUGCGCAAGCUGCGCGUCAAGGAGCUGCGCCGGAUCCUGGACGACUGGGGCGAGGCGUGCAAGGGCUGCGCCGAGAAGUCCGAUUUCAUCCGCAGGAUCCACGAACUGAUGCCCAAGUACCGGCCGCCAUCGGGCUCUCCCGGGAGCGGGAGAGGGCCCUGGAUUACUACGGGCUGUACGACGAGCGUGGCCGCCCUUACAGUUACCCCAUCGUGGCUGAAGAAGACCUGA